AAUAACCUUUAGGGAGGAGGAGAGUGAGAAAAAAAACAUUUUUGGAUUUUGCAAAAAGAGUAUAUAAACUUGCUUAUGACCUAAUCCCUUUCCCCAUCUACAAGAUUCCUCCAGAUUUUUCAGGAUCGAAGAACCAAGUAUACGCUGGUAAGUUUUGCUUUGAGUGACUGACAAUGGCAACUACUGAGCAACCAAAGGCAGCUACCGAGGACGCGAAGAUUGAUCUUUUUGAAGACGACGAUGAAUUUGAGGAGUUUGAAAUUGAUCAGGAGUGGGAGGACAAAGAGGAAGGCAAAGAAGUAACCCAGCAGUGGGAAGAUGAUUGGGAUGAUGAUGAUGUAAAUGAUGACUUCUCGCUGCAGCUUAGGAGGGAGCUGGAGAGCAACAAUGAGAAGAACUAAGCUAAGUGUAGAGAUGAUUGUUACUAUUUCUGACACUGUGCCUUGUACCCUUGGUUAAAGAGUAAUGGAGAUUUGAUGAAUCUUAAUGCGCUAAGUUCAUGAUCUGGAGUUUUAAUUAUUUUUUCUUUUAAAGGAAAACUUGCAACUAAGGUUUUUCUGACGCAUAUGGCAAUACUUUGGUCAGAACCACCCAAAAAAAGAUAAAAAAAAGGAAAAGAUAAAAGAUGGACACUUCGUAGAAUGCUUUCGGGAAGCACCUCCUUUGUUGGAUGAUUAUCUGUAUGCUGAUGAAUAAUACAACAUAAACCAAAGAAUGGCAAGAGCUCUACCUCUAUGGUUUUCUCUUCUACAGAAAUGGGUACCUUGUUAAUCAUGGGAGCGUGUGAGCUCCGUAGAACUGACUGCAGAAAAGACAGUUUGAUGUUCAACUUUCAGCUUGGUUGUUUGGUUUGUAGAUUUCUCAUAAACAGCCAAUGGGCACGCUUUUAUUUUAUUUUCAGGAGUAUGAAUGCAUCUCUUGGCAUUUUAAGGCGGCAAAACAAGCUAAUGUUCAAUUUUCUGGACACUGUAGUUGGUUUUACACCAAUCACUGCAAUGACAAGGCCAUUUUCUUUGGGGUUUUGGAAGGUAAUGUCCCUGGAAUAUGGUUAAAAGCUUUCUUCUUGGACUGGAGAGAUCUUAAACAUUUGGACUUGUAGGUUCCUGGGUUUAUGAUACAUUACUAGAGCAUUUUAAUGCAGCCUUUAUAUGAUAAAUAUGUAUGUACGUAAAACUGCUUUAGAUUAGCCAUCUCUAGGCGAAUUUAUUCGAGAAUCAUGUGAUGUACUUUCUCAAAUAUCAUUUGUAGACUAGUUUUAACUAGGUGUGGUCUCAUCAUGGAUGCAUGUCAUUUUGUGAAGGAUGAAAAUAUUUUUCCUACCUUUCGUUUUGAGAUAUGACAUUUAAGGUGGCUCUUCAAUUUGCUUUGGCUAGCUAUUGUUUGGAUGCGAAGGAUCUUAUUUGAAAGUGAAACAAAGUCAAGUCAUGUUUCCUCCUGCUUAUAUGGUUCUAGGGAAAUUGAAAGACUGAUUUGGCUCGUCACUUUAUUCCAUUUUGUAUCUUUCAAAGUUUUGAAGGUUUGCAAAAAUAGUUUUAGUUAGACAGAGUGAACCAUUAACUGUUGGCCUUUCAGUUUUCUUAUCUGUUUUGAAACAAAAAUGUUCUGCUAAUUGAAUUUUAUUACCAACUUCAGAAUUUGAAUACAUAUUGUCAUGUGGCUACG